UGAUCUGACAUCGUGACCGCUGCUAACAACACCGAUGUUAGCCCGCGUUGUACCUUCCUGCUACAAGCUAGCUCAGGCUCGUAAUGUCAACAAACAUGGCAACUUUCCUGCACAGCUCCAGAGCUGGAGCGAGGCCUCCUCUGACUCAUGCACCGUGUUCGGGAGGGAUGCUCAGCGUUAACCAGGACCAGCCCCUGUCGGAUCUUACAUCUACUGCACUUCUGGGAGAGGGACCCCUCCCCCCAGCAGAUAAUUAGUGAUUUACUAUUUUGGGGUGAACUAUCCCUUUAAAGAUUUAGUGCAUCAUCAGCCAUGCACGUGACAUCUCAGCUGCUCAGGGGUUUGCCCCGUACCAAGAUCUUGGCCUCCACUCUGUUACCAUGCCAACAGCACCAGUCCCAUUUAGCACACCGACCUGCCUCAAGACGGUGGCAGAGUCACCAGCACUUACGAAGUUACCAGACUGCCGCCGUGCUCCGUAGUUACAUCCUCACGCCUCCACAGGUCAACUCCAUUCUCAAAGCUAAUGAGUACAGCUUCAAGGUGCCAGAGUUUGAUGGGAAGAAUGUAUCAGCCAUAAUGGGAUUUGAGAGUAACCAGCUGCCAGCCAACGCCCCCAUAGAGGACCGUCGCAGUGCAGCCACAUGUCUGCAGACACGAGGAAUGCUGCUGGGUGUGUUUGACGGCCACGCUGGCUGUGCCUGUGCUCAGGCACUCAGUGAGAGGUUGUUUUACUACAUAGCAGUGUCUCUGCUGCCCCACGACACACUGUGUGAACUCGAGGCAGCGGUAGAGUCCGGCAGGGCCCUCAGUCCCAUCCUGCAAUGGCACAAACACCCCAAUGACUACUUCAGCAAGGAGGCUCAGAUGCUCUACUUCAGCAGCCUGCGAACCUACUGGCAGGAGCUGAUUGACCUCACCAGCCCAGGGGAGAUUCCGGACACCCGUGAGGCUCUGCUGAAUGCUUUCAAGAGGCUGGACAAUGAUAUUUCUCUGGAGGCUCAGGUUGGAGACCCGAACGCUUUCCUGCACUACUGGGUUCUGAGAGUGGCCUUUUCUGGAGCAACGGCUUGUGUGGCUCACAUCGACGGAUCAGACCUGUUUAUAGCCAAUGCAGGAGAUGCUCGGGCAGUGUUGGGGGUGCAGGAGGAGGAUGGCUCCUUCAGCGCUCACACGCUCUCUAAUGACCACAGCGCCCAGAACGAGGAAGAGGUGUCUCGGAUUAGAGGGGAACACCCUCCAUCGGAGAGAAAGACCGUUAUAAGACAGGACCGGUUGCUCGGCCUCCUCAUGCCGUUCCGUGCGUUCGGGGAUGUGAAGUUCAAGUGGAGCAUUGAACUGCAGAAGCGCGUGUUGGAGUCUGGACCUGAUCAGCUCCAUGAAAACGAACACACCAAGUUCAUCCCACCCAACUAUCACACACCACCAUACCUGACCGCUGAGCCUGAGAUCACGUACCACAAACUGCGGCCACAAGAUCGCUUCAUGGUGAUCGGCUCUGACGGCCUCUGGGAGACCCUCCACAGACAGGAGGUGGUCCGCGUUGUGGGGGAGUAUUUAACGGGAGUGCACCAGCGUCAGCCACUCAAAGUCGGAGGCUACAGGGUCACCCUGGGCCAGAUGCAGGGGCUUCUCGAAGAGAGGAAGGCUCGAGUCUCUUCGGCUUUUGAGGAUUACAACGUAGCGACCCAUCUGAUGCGUCACGCGGUGGGAAACAACGAGUUUGGCACGGUGGACCACGAAAGGCUGUCAAAGAUGCUGUCGCUGCCCGAGGAGCUGGCUCGCAUGUACCGUGAUGACAUCACCAUCAUUAUCUCGCAGUUCAACCCUCAUGUGAUCGGAGCACAGAGACAGGAAGGGCAGUCCUGAGCUGGGUUCACACCGACGAGUACACACACUUGUGUAAAUGUGUACAGCUGAUCUACAUGUAAGCAGACACCGUGGACAAUCGAAGAAUAUCUGAAUUAAUACGUUUUAUCUCUAUUUAUGUACAGAAUUUGUAUGUUUUUAGUCAUUGCUACAGAAUAUCCAGUUUUUUAUGUUAAGUUAAAGACCUCUCUUUAAAAUUCUGGAUCGAAAUCUCUUACACAACAUGUUAUUUAUUACAAUACUCCGUCACAGUUUCAUACAUGCUCAUGUGCGAAGCUAAGAAGAUGCUGUUUCAAAUGGAUUUUUGUGCCAAAAGAUUCAACCUCCUUGUUUACUGAAAGUUCAGUUGAAAAUAUAGAAAUUCCAAAGAGGGUGACGGUUGGGACUUCAAGAGUGAAGAGGCCUUGUGGCGCUCACUCGAUCUGAUAAUAAGAAUAAGACACUCUUGUCUUCUGUUGUCUGGUUUUUAAACAUACAUCUCAGGCACAAUCCUUUGUGCUAUGGGUUGUUUCUGCAUCUGAGGGAUCGAUGUUACAACAGAUGUUACAACAGAUGUUACAUAUGAGAUUAGUACCAUUCAAACAUAGACUUUUUAUUCAGUAUUUCUCCCUGGAGUGGGUAUUUGGAUGAUGAUUAUGAAUCCAGUACACUGGAUAUCAUGUGAAACGGUGACGUCAAAGGACAUUCAUAUCCAUAUUGGAUCGAUGGUGUAGAACCCACAGUGCAUCUGGUGUGAGGGUGAAUACCGUACAAUUAAAGUUUAAAAAUCGUAGUGCCGGGGUUCCAGGCCUUUGUGGCGCCUCAGAUGUGUUUCAAGGAUCACAUAAAAUAAUUCUGUUACAUAAAUGUUUGCUACUUAAAUAUAUACAAAAGUACUUUCACCUCUUUGGGUGUUUUAAAAUCCUUUUAAAUGAAAUAACUGAGAAGGAUUGUGGUUACACCCAAUGUUUGGAGCAGGCUAUAACCUGUAAUGAGGGAACGCAAAUAGACAGAGCUUCAUUUUAAAGGGUCUCAAGGCAAAAAGGUUGAACCACUGAGCUGGAUUUAGUUUUUGUUGCAAACCCAGUGCUCUGGAGUAACAAAGCAAAAAAAAAAAGAAAGUAAUCUAUCCAAAUAUUCAUAGUACGAGUCCUGAACUCUGUCACUAUUAGUAGACUGUUACGUAGUUGGCUUUUCUGUGAAAUAAAAAGAAAGUAGGAAUUAAAUGAUUGAUGUGUUCUCCAUUACUUCUUUGGUUAGAGAGACGGUGGUAGAUGGAAAUCAGUAUAUGUUAGAAAACCUCUAAACUGACAAACUAACUGAGGUCUACCACAGUCGGAGCACCUGGUUACAGCAGUGACGCUUAAUCUUUUGAGGGGUAGGAGUAAAAUUCAUUUCUUGUCCAAGCUCGUUUGGCUUAAAAGGGAUUCCUGUUGCCUUAUGUUAUGUACUAACCUUUUCUUCCAGAUUUUAUUUUUUCUGAAAGCAGCAGCAGAGAACAUAGAAGUCGAUCGCACUCCUGACUCUCUCAAGUUUAACGCUUUUCACAGGGACGUGUGUUUGUGCCCAAAUGUAUGAGCAGAAUGUAAAUGUUUGAAACGCGCUGUUUGAAUAUUAUUAAAGAUAUUUUAUUAAGCUUUAGUGUUACGUUACACAUGUUCAUCUGCAGUUUUAUGUAUAAAUUGUAACUUAUGCGGAUUAAGUUUUGUAUAUGGAAUGGUUUAAUUAAACACUGAGUACACACCU